UUCAAGUAAUGAAUAUUUAAAAUUUGGCACAAGCAUCACACACACACACACAUACAUUCGCUCUCAUACAUUUUAGUCUAACGGAUGGAUACAUAGAAGGUAGUCUCGCUAAGGCCAAACAAAUACACGGACCGCGUAUCUCUCGUUCGCCACAACAAAUCAAACACUCAUCGAAAUUCUAGUGAAGCAACAGUAGAAAGACAGGCCCCUCUACACAUCAAAAUUACCAUUCCCAGUUCUCCAAGAUGUUGCGAUUCAUGCGUAAUGCGAAUGCGGGCCUCGCUGUCCAACAGAGCGCCAUUAAAAGCUGUGUGCGCAGUCUGGGCAGCGUUGUCCACAGUCCCAAUUUGAAAGACGUGUCCGUUGCCAAUGAACCCAUUUUAACGUAUCGCAAAGAUUCAAAAGAGCGCAAAGCAUUGCAGCAAGCACUGAAAACAACCGCAGCGAAAUGUGAGGAAGUGCCCAUUGUGAUCGGUGGCAAGGAAUUUAAGACGGAUCAGGUGGUGCAUCAGGUAAUGCCACACGAUCAUCAACACAAACUGGCCAAGUUCUACUAUGCGGACAAGAAGCUCCUGGAGCAGGCCAUCAAAACGGCGGUUGAAACGCAACCCAAAUGGGAUCGUGUGCCUUUCGAUGAGCGCCUAAAGAUUUGGGAGCGUGCUGCCGAUUUGAUGGCAGGCAAAUAUCGUCAGGAAUUGAAUGCAGCCACCAUGUUGGGCCAGGCGAAAACCAUCAUUCAAGCGGAAAUCGAUGCGGCUUGCGAGCUCAUUGAUUUUAUACGCAUACACGCCUACUUUCUCAAGGAGUGCGUCAAGUAUCAGCCCAUCAGUGAGGACCUAAAGGUCACCAAGAAUUCAUUGCGUUAUCGUGGCAUUGAUGGUUUCAUCGCUGCUGUCAGCCCAUUCAACUUUACGGCCAUCGGUGGCAACUUGGCCUACACGCCAGCCUUGAUGGGCAACGGUGUGCUGUGGAAACCCUCGGACACUGCUCUGCUGUCCAACUGGCGCAUUUUCAAUAUUAUGCGCGAAGCUGGCUUGCCCGAUGGCGUCGUUAAUUUCGUGCCCGCUGAUGGCCCUGUCUUUGGUGAUACAAUAACCGCCUCGCCACACCUGGCUGCCAUCAAUUUCACCGGUUCGGUGCCGACAUUCAGUCGCUUGUGGAAGCAGGUGGGCAACAAUAUUGACAAAUACAAUAACUUUCCGCGUCUUAUUGGCGAGUGUGGUGGCAAGAAUUACCACUUUGUUCACUCGUCAGCGGAUGCGCAAUCUGUUGUCACAUCCACAAUACGUUCCGCCUUCGAGUACAGUGGACAAAAAUGUUCUGCCUGCUCCCGUAUGUAUGUUCCAGAGUCGCUGUGGCCAGAGAUCAAAGAGGGAUUGGUAGCGGAGGCGUGCAAACUGAAGAUUGGCGAUGUGCAGGACACUAAGAGCUUCACAUCGGCUGUCAUCGAUGAUAAAGCAUUUAAACGCAUUACUGGAUACAUUGAGCAUGCCAAAAAUAGUUCGAAUUUAGAGAUCAUUGCUGGCGGCACGUAUUCGGACAGCAAAGGUUACUUCAUCAAUCCCACGAUUGUGGUAACCAAGGAUCCCAAAGAUCGCAUUAUGACUGAGGAAAUCUUUGGCCCAGUGCUGACGGUUUAUGUGUACAAAGAGAAGGAUUUGUUUGAUACAAUGAAGCUGGUGCAUACAUCAACGCAAUUUGCCUUGACCGGCGCCGUUUUUGGCCAAGACGAAGAGUUCAUCAAGUGUGCUUUGGAGGAGUUCAAGACGUCGGCGGGUAACUUCUAUAUCAACGACAAGUCGACAGGCUCGGUGGUGGGACAACAGCCAUUUGGAGGUGGUCGCAAGUCUGGCACUAACGACAAGGCUGGCGGACCCCACUACAUUCUGCGCUGGACAUCGCCGCAGUCAAUUAAGGAAACGUUUGUGCCCCUGCGUGACGUCAACUAUCCCUACAUGGAAGAGUAAGAAGUGAACUCGUGGAGGUGAAACUUUAAGAAAACGACAGGAAUCUCAUUGCAUAAAAAGAAACAAAAACAAAAGGAAAACUACUCAAGCUAUAAAAAGGAUUAUAUAUAUAAUGAAAAAUGUAUAUGUUUUUUGUUGAACUAAUUUUAAAACUUGCACCCCUUCCACCCCUCACGUCCCCCUUUCCUAGUUAACAGUUACGUACAUACAAAUAUCGAUGUAGUUAAAUAUUGUAACGAAUCUCUGCUGUAUUUUUGUCGCCUCGAAUAACCAAAUGACACGAAACACGUUGUAAAUUGAUAUGCUGAUUACAUUUAAAAUCUCACAUACACAAAAACAAACAUAUUGUAGAUCGAAAUAUAUAUUAUAAAAUACCUACUAAAUUAAAUAUGAGUGUAAAACAAAUUGUGAUUAUUUAAUUAUAUAAUUUAUAAUUAUCUGCUUACGUUUUGCUUUGUUGUUGUGUCAUUUGCUGAAACUAUAAAACGUACAUAUAGUUACUAUGUAUUGCAAUAUAAACAUAAACAAAUUGCCCAUGCAUUAUAUACAAACUAUACAUAACAAUACAUAUUAACAUAUAGAAGCAAAAACCACUUGACAAUACAUUGAAUACUAAAUGUAAAAUUAAUAUGAAAAAUACCAAGAAUAAGAACGAAACAAAGUUACAAAAAGUCAAAGAACAAAAACCAAUUCACUCGAAUAAAAUUAAACAUUCAAAAUAAUUUAAAUUAAUUGAUUCUCAUUCUUUACGUUUGCGGUGAGUAUAGAUUGAAAAUAGUAAAUCACAUUGCGAUGAAAAUUACAUAUAAUUUUUAAUUUUUAUAUUACAAAUAAAAUUUAAUUUUAUACCUUUUUAUGUAUAUUUUCAAACUGAAAUCUGAGUUACCUUAGAAAAAUCUACUUAUUCAAGCUUUAAAAAUUACUUUAUUCGAAUAGUCGCAGCCUUGAAUAACACAGCUAAAAUAACAUAGAAAAUAAAAUUUAUUGAAAUAUUUACAAUAUAUUUGAAAAAAUAAAUAUGAGUAACCAACUCAAUCAAUUACGCCCCAGAAGAGCUACGCGACAAAAUCAACGUCAAGAACCUGAUUUAUUCGAGAUGCUAUAUUGCAGUGAUGUAAGCAAUAGAAAUAUUGUAAAUAAUGCUAAUAAUGCUGGCGAUCCUCGACUCGUAUUUGGACUGGAUCACCGAAAGCCCAUUAAAGGGAGUAACAGAAAGAAAUUCUACGGCAUACCUUUGAUUUGCCUAGCGAUCAUGGGAAUUGCCUAUGUAAUAUAUCAAGAGUUCCUUGAGGAUUGAGAAAAAAAGCAAAUUUCGUUUGUUUCAUAUGUUUAUUACAGAAUACAUAAUUCACGUGUUUGCCCUAUCAUCUAAAUUGAUAGUUUGUGUUUAAGCAAAAGUUCAUCUAUAAAAUGUUAUUUAAUGUAUAUUGAAGUUACUUGACGUAAAAUAGAAUAAAACAUUGUCGUCCAAAUGGUUAAGCAUGUGAUUUUUGAUGCUUAGGCGCUGAUAUUCAACAAGC